GAAAUGUUGUAUCCUUUACUUCUAAAUAAAACUGAUACUUUGAAGCUUUGUGAACCCAUGUGCUCAUAAGAGAAGUAGAUUGACUGCUUGUGGUUAGUGAAGAUAUCCAAAUUCCCAGUUCCAUCCAAGUGGGAGCACCACAGUCAGGCAAAAGUCAGGAAGAAUUCUCUGACACAUGUUAUAGAAGUAUAUACAAGAAAUAUUUACAUAAUUUUUAGGUUAUUGAGGGAAACUAAGUGGUUGGAGAUGUCCCUGAUAUUUAGAGAUUCAUAUUAAACCGUUUCCUCCAACAACAUGUCCAUAGUACCCUUAUUACCUAGGGGUAAGAGUAUCUCUAUUAGUAUCCCUGGGAUAGAGUUUGGGUCCGGCAUUUACUAGAUUGGUUAUGGCAAUUCCAUUUCCAUUAAGCCCGCACACUCUUACUGUUACUGUGUACAAUGCGUUGCUGGUCCUGCUUGUUUCCCUUAGCAUCAGUUCGUGUGAAUCUUUCCAGGUCUUUCUAAAAUCAGAUCGUUCAUCAUUUUUUAUAGAACAAUAACAUUCCACCACUAAUUAAACCGUUCUCCAGCCGACGGCACCUACUCAUUUCCCAGUUCUUUGUCCCACAAACAUUUUUGCGCGUGCGGGUCCUUCUCCCUCCUGGAGCAUUUCCUUGGGCUACGUCUCCACCAAGUCCCCCCGGUUGGUCCCCGCCCGCAGCACGCGGUACUUGGGCCCUUUCCCAGCAGUAUCAGGGUGCAGCCGGUGGCCACCAGACAGACACCUGCCCCGGACUCACCGCGCCCGACAGCCACCAACUAGCAGAGAGAACAGGGCACGGGGAGGGACGGGGAGGCAGCUGCUCCUGGCCGGGCUCCCGGGGCGCGGUGCGGGGGGAAGGAAGGAGGGAGCGCGGGCCCGCCCCUUUCCCCCUUCCCCAAGGCUCUCCGGCCAGCGCAGCCUUUAAAUCCCCCGGCGCUCCCCAAGUCAGCUCUGAAGGGGUGGAGACUGAGCGCGGGGCCGGAGCCGGAGCCCGGAUCUGGCGCUCGCCCGUCUCAGGUCAGCGAGCGGCCGAAGGUCCGGGACAUCCACGUGUGUGGGCAGUGCCCGCCUGGCGCUUCUGCCCGAGCCGGAGCGGGGAACCAGGGGCCGCCCUGCUGCCACCCUGCGCCGCCUCCUGUGCCCCGCGCGCCUCUGGGACCCCCGGCUGUUCCCCAGACUCAUGCCCGAGCAGGUAACCAUAGUAGCCGGAGGAGUGAUCGCAGGGCUGCUGUUGCUGGUUCUGAUUGGGAUCAUGGGCUAUUGUCUCUGGAAGAAGCUGUGCGCUGCCCCUGCCUAUGAGGAGUUGACUGGACCGCCGUCUCUUGCUGGGGGACAGGAGAAGCAGCCUUCUCAGUCAGCAGUGAUCCAGCCCAACAGGACCAAAGGUAUCCCAUUUGUUGUUCCUCCCUCCUUCCAUGGCAGGGAUUGGAUUACUCUGACCAAUGGAGAGAGAAUCCAGGAUGAGAGUGAUCCAUACAUUGCCCCAGAAUUCCUGCUUCGAUCAUCUUUUCAUUCAUUUGGGGGUGCAUAUAUGGUUGGGACAAUCAAUCCAGAGCUUUACAAGUUUCCUGAGGACAAGAGUGAGACCGACUUCCCUGAAGGCUGCCUGGGGAGGCUGUGGUUCACGGUGGAGUAUGAGCAGGAGGCCGAGAGGCUCCUGGUGGGCCUGAUCAAGGCCCGGAAGUUGCAGACCCCCUCCCCAUCAGAGACUUGCAGUCCCUUGGUGAAGCUCUAUCUGCUGCCUGACGAGAGGCGCUUUCUGCAGUCCAAAGUGAAGCGGAAAACAUCCAACCCACAAUUUGAUGAAAACUUCAUUUUCCAGGUAUCCAGUAGAACAGUCACUCGGAGGGUGCUGAAGUUUUCGGUAUUUCAUGUAGACAAGCAAAGGAAGCAUCACCUCCUGGGCCAAGUGCUCUUCCCACUGAAAGAUGAGAUGCUAACUAGCGAUAGUCGGUCCAUUGUCUGGAGAGACUUGGAAGCAGAGAGCCUGGAGCCCCCUUCCGAGUUUGGGGACAUCCAGUUCUCUCUCAGUUACAAUGACUACCUGGGACGCCUGACUGUCGUGGUGCUGAGAGCUAAGGGCUUGAAGUUCCAGGACGACAGGAAUGUUGUCAGCGUGUCUGUCAAAGUGUCGCUGAUGAACCACAACAAAUUCGUCAAAUGUAAGAAGACUUCCGCCGUGCUGGGCUCCCCCAAUCCUGUGUAUAAUGAGACUUUUAGCUUCAAGGCGGAUUCUGAGGAGCUGGACACUGCGAGUCUGAGCCUGACGGUGCUACAGAACACAGAUGGAGACAAAAGCCACCAGCUGGGCCGUGUGGUAGUAGGACCCUUCAUGUACACAAGGGGGAAAGAAUUGGAACAUUGGAAUGAGAUGAUCAAUAAGCCCAAGGAGCUGGUGAAGAGAUGGCACGCGCUAUCUGGAAGCACCUAACUACUCCGGUCUACAGGGACAGCGACUUCCCUGCUUUAGAAACUGCUCCUCUUCCUCUAAAGAUCUGGGACAGAAGGACAAGAUUUCCCCAGAAAGCUAGCAGAAUCUCAGUCUGGUCUCAUAGUGGAGCGUGUACCCAUGGGAGCCAACUAAUGAGAUAAGGGAAGACAUCCUCUCUAGUUCUGACAAAUAGAAUCUCAUCUUUCCUUAGCAUAGGGAAAAUCCUAAUAAAUGCUCUCUUCUCUCUUUUCUGGAACACUCCUAAGAGUCCUGUUUGGGACCCUGAUCACUCUAAAGCUGGAGUUGUCAGAAUUUCAGACACUCAGACUGUUUGCUGAAUAGUAUACAAGUCAGUGGGAAAAACAUUGGUUUUCUCCCAAGAUUAAGUUUCUUUCAGCACGUGUGAACACUUUUUUGUAGAUAGGCUGGUCUCUCUGUAUUCAGCACAAAAAGAUCGGACUAGGAAGAAGCUAAGAAAAUAUAGCCCGGUGUACUUAAGCCAUCAUAUCGAUGACUGCAUAUGGACUGGAGCAGUUGAUCACAGAAGAGAUGUAUGGUUUAUCACUUGUUUACUUGAAACUCCUGAGAACCCUACCUCUGGAAGCAGGCUUUAGGGAUCUGUAGCCUGAGACUCAUCCCAGCAAUAGAGUGACCUCAAGGUGGAAUGAAGUUCCUUGAUGACAAGAACGUGUUCUGAGCUAGUUGGAAGACAAUCUCUUUGGAGCAAAGAAAUCUUGUUAUAAGCAUCAGAACUAGAGGGGAAAUCUAAGCUGGUCAUUGUAGACCUGGAUAUUGUGACACUGAGAUAGGGGACUGGACUAUUACAGUGAAAUUCCUGAUAAAGUAUAACCUUUACUGUGAGAGUUCCUCAGGCAGAUGUUGUUCAAAAUCUUGACUUUUUCUGCUUUCCCAUACAUUAACUAUUUUAAACCAUUGCAUAUUCUCAUAUUCUUCUGGUCAUUAAAACACUCAUGAACCAAGA